ACACACGGCUGUUAUUACGUCCAGGCACCAGAACCCAAAUUUCUCGUCCCGUCGUCUGCAGACCUAAAACCAAACCCUCACACCUUCCUCUUUCCUUCGCUCUCAAGUCACCCUCUCUUCCUCUCUUCUCUUCCUCUCUUCCCACAGAUUGGAGAGAAGAGAUUGCUGCUUAAACAGGUUUCCUUUCCUCUCUUCUCUCCGCCUUCGAAACCCGUAGUAUUUUCUUAUCUAUAAACAUUGAAUUCCCACUUUUUGUUUUCACAACUCGCAUUCGUCGAUUUCUCCAAUACCCAGAUUUUUUUUUUUUUUGUUGGAAAUUGUAAUAAUCACGUAGUUUCCUUCAUCCCCAGCAAUCAGCAUGGCUUUCUUGAGAAUUUUCCUUCUUUUUUCUCUACUUUCCCUCGCUUUUUCUCACGAAACUUUCAACUCCCACGCUCUUCCGAGGCCUUUGAUCCUUGAAUACCCCGAGAACGUCGAGAUCCAGUUCAAGGAAUUCGCUGACGAGCUCAGAUUACAGUGUACCAGUUGGAGAUUCGCGGCUGAGACCAACAAUCUCAGCCCCUGGAAAACAGUUCCGCAGGAAUGUGUGGACUAUGUGAAGGAUUACAUGAUGGGCCGGGGGUAUAGUAUCGAUGUUGAGAUGGUGUCGAAGGAGGCCGGAUUUUUCGCCAAGAGUGUGGAAUUGAGUGGCGAUGGAAAGGAUAUUUGGGUUUUCGAUGUAGACGAAACCUUGCUUUCGAAUCUUCCGUAUUACGCUGAACAUGGUUAUGGCUUGCAGAUUUUUGAUCCUGUGGAGUUCGAUAAGUGGGUUGAGAAGGCAAGGGCACCCGCAAUACAGCCCAGUUUGAAACUCUAUGAAGAAAUAUUGGGUUUGGGAUUCAAGGUUUUCUUGCUGACCGGGCGCAGUGAGAGGCAGAGGGGGGUUACUGUUGAGAAUUUGAAUUAUGCCGGAUUUCAGAAUUGGGACAAGCUCAUUUUGAGGGCCUCUGAUGACCAUGCGAAAUUAGCCACAAUAUACAAGUCGGAGAAGAGGAACGAGAUGAUAAAAGAGGGAUAUCGGAUUCUGGGGAAUUCCGGGGACCAGUGGAGCGAUUUAUUGGGUUCGUCACCAUCUGUCCGCUCUUUCAAGCUUCCAAAUCCUAUGUAUUACAUCCCCUAAUGGGGGUAAUCCCUUCAAGUCCUGAAUGUAUGAAUACAUAACUAUAUAUAUAUAUAUAUUUAGGGGAUCAAAAGCAUUCCAACUACAAACAUACUGAUUUAAGGUCAUGGUGAACAUGUAAGGAAAAACAAAUCCAAGAUUUGUUGUAAAAGAAUCGAGAACUUCUCUCGCAGCUUUACUAGUUUUUGCUGUUGGCUGUGACAAAUAAUGAAAAAAGGGGAGACAGAACUGGACCCCGUCUACUUAGAUACUAUUUGUAAAUUAUGUUUGUAAUUCCCAGAUAUCCGCAAACAUAACCGUUGUGUACUUGGAUACUAUUUGUUCAAGUUAAAAAUUCAGUUGGACAGACA